AUGGCCAACCCGCCACGUUCAACCCGAAACCAAAACCCCUCCUCCUUCCCAGAGGGGUUCGACGCUUUGAUAAGCCCCGGCGAGGACAAGGCACUUACUCCGAAGAGUAACCUAGACGAGUUCCGUCGAUUUUUCGACCUCAAGGAGAACUCCUGGAGAGAGUUCCGCGCACGGGUAAAGGCACAUGCCCUGCUCUCCUCCUCUUGGGCAGACAUACAGGAGAGUGAGAGAAAGCGCGAGGCGGUUGCUGCCAUAUUUCUUGAACAAGUGGGCCCUGAGUAUUGGGGUAAAGAGACCCGGGAUAAGUACCUGCUUGAAGAUCAUAUCAGGAACGGAAAUGUUUGUGACUAUCCGCGAGACAAGAAGAGAAUGAUCAAGGCCCUCUCGUUCUUACUGGAGAAGGAUUCUAAAACUGGUACCAAGACCGGCUUCAAAACCAAGCGAGAGUCGUCGGUCUUGCGGGAUGUUUCCGAGAUCGAAUUAGACAGUCCUUUGCCUGACCCGCCUGCUUCAGACGAGAUCAAUGGUCCAAUCAAGCGAAGCAGUGGUCGGGCAUCAACUCCCACCGGGCUGUUCAGAAUCCCCAGAACUCCUAAGACCCCACAAACCCCUCGACCUAUGCGAAGCACGAGUGUUGUGCGAGCAGAGGGGUCCCCCCAUAGCUCAGCACCAUCUACUCCGACUCCACUGACCCGAGGGGGUCUGGAUGCAGUCGAGAACGCACUGGUGUCAUCGGCUCUUGCGACUCGAGGAGAUCCUAGCCAGGAGGACACUCAGCUUUGCUGCCAAGAGAGCACGGGUGGUGCGGAGAAUCUCCAGUUUCCAGACAUUCCUCCUAACACCCUGGCGACCUAUUUCCUCGUUCAAGAGCACGGGAGUCAGAGGGAGCCAGUCUGCGUGCCCUUCCGCAAUUUCGAGGACUACAAUACAACCGACGAGUUCCUGGAUGAGAUGGAGAAGCGAUGCUGCUGUGAGCAUGAACCAAGUAUGCUGCAGCUGUUUGAGGAGGUCCGGCAAUUCUCGCAUGCGGUGGUCUUGCUCCAAUGGUCGGGUGUCUCUUUCGUGAUGCGCCGAGAGACGGACGAUCUCCAAUCGCUAGCCAACCGGAUUGGUUGUGCGUGGCGGGCAAAGGGGGAAGGGGAAUUGCAGACAUUUGAGUUUGUGAUUCGGGUGACAUUGAAGAAGGAUUGA